AUGGACCUCAACCCAGCUAAAGUAACAAAAGUGGCCAGAAUGUCCAGGAUCUUUGACCACAAGACCAGAGCUAACCACCCGCCAACUCUAAGCAUGGUGAUUGAAGCUCUGAAGGCCCAAAAUGAGAAAAAAGGCACCUCUGUCAUAGCCAUCAAGCGCUACAUCCUUGCCAAGUACCCAGCUGUUGACCCAAUAAGGCUAAAAUACCUGCUGAAGAAGGCCCUGACUAAAGGUCUUGACCAUGGCUACCUGAUCAGACCCCAAAACUCUUUGGCAUUAGGGGCAACUGGAAGGUUCAAGCUGGCAUCAGAAAAGCCCAAGCAAAAAAAUUCUAGGAAGAUGGAUCCAGCUGGAGAAAAGGCUCCUAAAUCAGAAAAGAAGGUGGCAAGGAAACCCAAAGCCAAGGUGACUGCUGAUAAAAAAGCAGGAAGUAAAGAUGCUAAGGAGGAGAAACCAAAACCUGUGAGCAAGAAAGCCAAGGCAAAAUCCACUAAUGCCCAGCCCAAAGCUCCUGCUAAGCUGAAGACACCCAGUGAUGCUCGAAACAUUGUGAAAGGUGACAAGAAACCAAAUAUGAAAGAGGCAUCCCAAGCCAGGGUGGUUGGGACCAAGAAAGCCACCUCCAGAGGGAAGCCAGCCACAGAAGCAGAUGGUGCCUCCAAAGCAGAGGCAGAGCAUGGAGACAAGAUCAGGACUUCCAAAGGCAAGGGGGCAGCUCCUCGGGCCGCGGGGGCUGCGAAAACAAAGGUGGCUAAAGGUGGAAAUGGGCCGACCAAAGCAAAGGCAGCUGGCGGGACAAAGAAAACCACUGCCAAAGGGAAGACUGAGGCAAAGGGCCCUGCAAAAGGCAAGGGGAAGAAGCCUGAGGCAGCCACAGGCUCUUUCUUCAGCAAAGAGAAGGAUGCAGAAGGUAAAGCCUCUAGAACUGGCAGCAAGCUUAGCAAGAAAGCAACCUAG